AUGCAUAUGCACCAUAGUAUUAUCUUCAUAGGACUUGUCCUCCCUAAUCUCGUUUACGGCGCCCCAGGCACGGGAGUCCAAUCCCCGGACGGCCUUACUCUCCUACGCCGUGCUCUGCACAAGGCAAGAGCCCCACAAUACGACGAAUAUGUCCCUUUCAAGAUAAACGAAGACUACUGUCUUUGGAUGCCCAAGGGAGACUGUUACAUGAACAAAGCAUUCGACUACAUAUGGGAGUAUAUGAAGUACGACCCUCCGAAGUACGAUGAGUACGACUGGUAUAAAGCCGAUUACAAGGCGGAUGAGGGCGUGUAUGCUUCGGGCAAAGGUGCCUUGGACGAAUAUGAGGAAAACUUAAUUUACCUCUACGACACCAUCAACAACCAUGCGGGGUAUGAUGAAUAUGACUACGACUAUGAAGAGUAUAUCGACAACGCAGAGGACAAAUAUUGUGUUUGGUGGUACGAAGGAAAGUGUUGGACGAAUGACGUGGUAAAGUAUAUUGAUGGAAUAUGGAACAAAACAGACCCAUACAAGAAACGAGAGGUCAAGAGGCAGGAUAAGAGUGACUGGUCAGUCUACUCUACAAGCACGGGUAUACAAAGUUGGUAUGCAACUGCAUGCUGGGACUUGAUGGUCGCCAUUAAUAAGUAUGGGCCACUGAAAUAUGAGUGGGAGUCGGAUGACUAUGAUAAUUAG